AUGGCUGCCUUACUGAUCCCACGGAGGAACAGAGGGAUGAGGACUCGCCUGGGCUGCCUGUCUCACAAAUCAGACUCAUAUAAUGAUUUCACAGCUAUUCUUCCGGACAAGCCCAACCGGGCUUUGAAAAGACUGUCAACAGAAGAAGCAACAAGAUGGGCAGACUCCUUUGAUGUCCUUUUGUCCCAUAAAUAUGGGCUGGCCGCUUUCCGCGCUUUCCUGAAGACAGAGUUCAGCGAGGAAAACCUCGAGUUCUGGCUCGCCUGCGAGGACUUCAAGAAGACCCGCUCAGCAGCCAAACUGGCAUCCAAGGCCCAGCGGAUCUUUGAGGAGUUCAUCGACGUGCAGGCUCCUCGAGAGGUGAACAUAGACUUCCAGACUCGGGAGCUGACGAGAAGAAACAUGCAGGAGCCCUCCCUCUCUUGCUUUGACCAAGCUCAGGGGAAGGUGCACAGCCUGAUGGAAAAAGACUCUUAUCCCAGGUUCCUGAGAUCCAAAAUUUACACAGACCUGCUAUCUCAAACCCAGAGGAGGCUCAGCUAA